AUGACGUGGUCCGCAGAGGUGGAUGGCAGAAUUGACAGAUGCAAAGACAAUGCAAGGUGCGUGUAUGACAGUCAGGUCUCGGUGUGCGCAGACGCAGACGGAGCCAGCCGUGUGCGAGGGUAUCGGCUUUGGUCGGAGAGCGACGACACACACGACUCGUUUCGCGUUUUGGGACAAAGCUUAGGAGAGACGCGCCACACCGGAAAGGCGACAGCACAGCAAAGUGCGCUCGCUGCACAGCAUGUGGUCGCUGCAGAUCCGAUAAACCGCUGCCGGCUAUCAAUUGGAUUGUCAGACUUUGAUUCGUCCGUGGAGUAA